AGGCGGCAGCGGCGGCGGCGGCGGCGGCGGUGGCAGCGGCGGCAGCAGCGGCAGAGGCAGACUAGGUGCACUUGUCACCCACCUCCACCCACCACCGCCGACAUAUUGUUGAGUGUGUGUUGCGCUCUGCAUGGCUCCUACAACCUCAGUAUAGCUCCCUCACUGGCGGAUUUCUCACCUCUUCACCCCCUUCAUCCACCCCUGCCGCAGAGAUGACGCAGAUGUUACCUAUAAGGUUCCAGGAGCACCUACAGCUCACUAAUGUAGGGAUUCAGGCAUCCAACAUUGGGUUUAAUACCCUCACUAUGGAGUCGGACAAGUUUAUCUGUGUUCGAGAGAAGGUGGGAGAAACUGCUCAGGUUGUGAUUAUUGACAUGGCCGAUCCAACUAACCCCAUCCGACGCCCUAUCUCGGGAGAUUCAGCAAUAAUGAAUCCAGCUUCAAAAGUUAUUGCUCUAAAAGCUCAGAAAACCUUGCAGAUUUUCAACAUAGAGAUGAAAACCAAAAUUAAAGCUCAUACAAUGGACACUGAAAUACAGUUUUGGAAGUGGAUAUCCACCAAUAAGUUGGCACUUGUGACAGAAACUGCAGUUUAUCACUGGAGUAUGGAUGGUGAUGCUCAACCACAGAAGAUGUUUGAUCGCCAUAGCAGCCUGAAUGGUUGCCAAAUUAUAAACUAUCGCACAGAUGCUAAACAGAAUUGGCUUCUGCUAAUUGGUAUUUCUGCACAACAAAACCGUGUAGUGGGUUUCAUGCAACUAUAUAGCAUUGACAGGAAAGCUAGCCAACCUAUUGAGGGUCAUGCUGCAGGUUUUACAACAUUUAAGAUGGAAGGUAAUGCGGAGCCAUCAACCCUGUUUUGUUUUGCUGUGCGCAAUGCUCAAGGUGGUAAACUACACAUCAUUGAAGUAGGACAACCAGCAGCUGGCAAUCAGCCUUUCACAAAAAAAAAUGUAGAUGUAUUCUUCCCACCUGAGGCACAGAAUGACUUCCCUGUGGCUAUGCAGGUUAGCUCGAAGCACGAUGUCAUCUAUUUGAUCACAAAGUAUGGGUAUGUCCACCUUUAUGACAUCGAGAGUGGCACCUGUAUUUUCAUGAACCGAAUCAGUGGAGAUACCAUCUUUGUCACAGCACCCCAUGAGCCAUCCAGUGGUAUCAUUGGUGUCAACCGUAAGGGACAGGUUCUGAGUGUGAGUGUAGAUGAGGAGAACAUCAUUCCAUAUAUUAAUAAUGUGCUACAAAAUCCAGACCUAGCACUCAGAAUUGCAACAAGGAACAACCUUGCUGGAGCGGAAGAUCUGUUUGUGCGAAAGUUUAACACCCUUUUCCAGAAUGGUCAGUACAGUGAAGCAGCCAAGGUAGCUGCUAAUGCACCCAAAGGUGUACUGCGUACACCCCAAACUAUCCAGAGAUUCCAACAAGUACCAGCUCAGCCUGGACAGACUUCACCACUGCUUCAGUACUUUGGAAUUCUUCUAGAUCAGUCUCACUUGAACAAAUUUGAAUCACUAGAACUAUGUAGACCAGUAUUGGCCCAAGGUCGUAAGAAUUUGCUAGAAAAAUGGCUAAAAGAGGAUAAAUUAGAAUGUUCAGAAGAGCUAGGUGAUCUUGUAAAACAAGCAGAUCCAACUCUUGCACUCUCUGUGUACUUGAGGGCAAAUGUACCAAACAAAGUGAUUCAGUGCUUUGCUGAGACUGGUCAGUUCCAAAAAAUUGUGCUCUAUGCUAAAAAAGUUGGGUACACUCCAGAAUACGUUUUCUUGUUAAGAAAUGUUAUGCGUGUGAAUCCAGAUCAGGGUCUCGCAUUUGCUCAGAUGUUGGUGCAAGAUGAUGAACCCAUGGCUGAGGUUAACCAGAUUGUGGAUAUAUUCUUGGAGUCGAAUUUGAUUCAGCAAUGUACAGCCUUCCUGCUUGAUGCUCUGAAGAAUAAUCGUCCCACAGAAGGUCCCCUACAGACUCGUCUCUUAGAAAUGAACCUGAUGUCUGCCCCACAAGUGGCAGAUGCAAUUCUUGGUAACCAAAUGUUCACUCACUAUGAUCGUGCACACAUUGCUCAGCUGUGUGAGAAGGCUGGUUUGUUACAGCGUGCCUUGGAACAUUAUACAGACAUGUAUGACAUUAAGAGGGCUGUUGUUCACACACAGUUGUUGAACCCUGAGUGGCUUGUGAACUACUUUGGCUCCUUGUCUGUUGAGGAUUCUUUAGAGUGUUUGAAAGCAAUGCUUACUGCCAAUCUCCGCCAGAAUCUCCAAAUUGUAGUUCAGAUUGCUACUAAAUACCAUGAGCAGCUGACAACCAAUGCCCUUAUUGACUUGUUUGAGUCUUUCAAGUCAUUUGAAGGCCUUUUCUAUUUCCUGGGAUCAAUUGUCAACUUCUCGCAAGAACCUGAAGUUCACUUCAAAUACAUUCAGGCAGCAUGUAAAACUGGACAAAUUAAGGAGGUCGAGAGAAUAUGCCGUGAAUCCAACUGCUACAACCCUGAACGUGUGAAGAACUUCUUGAAGGAGGCAAAACUGACUGAUCAGUUGCCACUUAUCAUAGUUUGUGAUCGCUUUGACUUUGUCCACGACUUGGUGCUCUACCUCUACCGCAAUAACCUGCAGAAAUACAUUGAGAUAUACGUUCAGAAGGUCAAUCCAUCACGUCUACCUGUUGUUGUUGGUGGUCUGCUGGACGUUGAUUGUGCCGAGGAUGUAAUAAAACAACUGAUCAUGGUUGUUCGAGGACAGUUCUCAACAGAUGAAUUAGUGGAAGAGGUUGAGAAAAGAAACCGCCUGAAGCUUCUCUUAACAUGGCUGGAAUCACGAAUCCACGAAGGAGUCUCUGAAUCAGCCACUCAUGAUGCCAUUGCCAAAAUUUAUAUUGAUUCCAAUAACAAUCCUGAAAGGUUCUUGAGAGAAAACCAGAACUAUGACAGCAAAGUUGUUGGAAAGUACUGUGAAAAGCGAGAUCCUCACCUUGCUUGCAUUGCAUAUGAACGUGGCCAGUGUGACCGAGAGCUGAUCAAUGUUUGCAAUGAGAACUCCCUAUUCAAGUCCGAGGCAAGAUACCUUGUGAGGAGAAGAGACCCCGAAUUGUGGGCUGAGGUUCUCCAGGAGUCAAAUCAGUACAGGAGACAGCUUAUUGACCAGGUCGUGCAAACUGCAUUGUCGGAGACCCAAGAUCCGGAGGAUAUAUCUGUUACCGUGAAAGCUUUCAUGACUGCUGACUUGCCCAAUGAACUCAUCGAACUCCUGGAAAAAAUUGUGCUUGACAAUUCAGCAUUCAGUGAUCACAGGAACCUUCAGAACCUGCUGAUUUUAACUGCCAUAAAGGCUGAUCACACUCGUGUUAUGGACUACAUCACUCGUCUUGAUAACUAUGAUGCACCUGACAUUGCCAAUAUUGCCAUUGGCAACCAGCUUUAUGAAGAAGCCUUUGCUAUAUUCAAGAAGUUUGAUGUGAAUACUUCUGCUAUUCAGGUUUUGAUUGAGCAUAUUGUCAACCUGGACCGGGCCUACGAGUUUGCUGAACGGUGUAAUGAGAGUGCAGUAUGGAGCCAGUUAGCUAAAGCUCAGCUUCAGCAGUCAUUGGUGAAAGAAGCUAUUGACUCUUUCAUUAAGGCAGAUGACCCAACUGCUUACAUUGAUGUUGUUGACACUGCACACAGGACAGGUCACUGGGAAGACUUGGUUCGCUACCUGGUUAUGGCACGUAAAAAGGCUCGGGAAUCAUAUGUUGAGAGCGAAUUAUGUUAUGCAUAUUCCAAAACCAACAGGCUAGCAGAUCUGGAGGAAUUUAUUGCUGCUCCUAAUCAUGCUGAUAUACAGAAGAUUGGUGACCGGUGUUUUGAUGAUGGCAUGUAUGAAGCUGCAAAGCUCCUUUACAAUACAAGAACUUGGAAAGAAGUAUGCUUCGCAUGUGUAGACAAUGAACAAUUCCGUUUGGCUCAAAACUGUGGCCUUCAUAUUGUUGUCCAUGCUGAUGAACUGGAAGAUCUCAUAAACUAUUACCAGGACCGUGGAUAUUUUGACGAGUUGAUUAACUUGCUAGAGGCUGCUUUGGGGUUGGAACGUGCUCAUAUGGGUAUGUUCACAGAACUUGCCAUUCUUUACUCAAAGUACAAGCCAGAGAAGAUGAGAGAACACCUCGAGUUGUUCUGGUCCAGGGUCAACAUUCCAAAAGUUUUACGUGCAGCAGAGCAAGCACAUUUAUGGGCUGAGCUUGUAUUCCUGUAUGACAAAUAUGAGGAGUAUGAUAAUGCUGCUCUCACCAUGAUGGCUCACCCUACAGAAGCCUGGCGAGAGUCUCAUUUUAAAGAUGUCAUCACAAAAGUUGCCAAUAUUGAGUUGUACUAUAAAGCCAUCCAAUUUUACUUAGAUUACAAACCAAUGCUACUGAAUGAUUUGUUGCUAGUCCUCUCGCCAAGGAUGGACCAUACAAGAGCUGUCAGCUUCUUUACUAAGGCCAAUCAUUUGAAACUGGUUAAGGGUUACCUAAGAUCAGUUCAGUCGCUGAAUAACAAAGCUAUCAAUGAGGCACUUAACUCGUUACUCAUUGAAGAAGAAGACUACACUGGCUUAAGGACUUCCAUUGAUGCAUUUGACCACUUUGACAACAUUGCUUUGGCACAAUCCCUAGAGAAACAUGAUUUGAUUGAGUUCCGCAGAAUUGCUGCAUACCUGUACAAAGGCAACAAUAGGUGGAAACAGUCUGUGGAGCUGUGCAAAAAGGAUAAGCUAUUUAAGGAUGCCAUGGAAUAUGCUGCUGAAAGCAAGAAUUCUGAUACUGCAGAAGAACUUCUACAAUGGUUCCUGGAAAAUGGCAAUUUCGAUUGUUUUGCUGCUUGCCUUUUCCAUUGUUAUGAUCUCCUCCAUCCUGAUGUAAUAUUAGAACUGGCAUGGAGGCAUAAUAUCAUGGACUUUGCCAUGCCUUAUUUAAUUAAUGUAAUGAGAGAGUAUGUCACAAAGGUAAACAAACUGGAAGACAUCGAGAAACAUAGGUCAGAAGAAAAUGAAACUAAUGAGAGCAAGCCUAUGAUGAAUAUGAUUGGUGAGCCUCAGCUUAUGAUCACAGCUGGCCCGGGCAUGAUGGGACCAGGCUACUCCAACGCUGGUUACGCUAACAACAUUAACUACGGUGCUGGCAUGCCAUCCUACCAAGGUUACAGCAUGUAAACACUAAUUCAAGAUUCUCCAAAAAUUAAGACCAGUGUGAAAACUUUUCAGGUUGGUUCGUUAGUAACAAUAGACACUGAUUUAUCAAGGCUACAGCUUGUAACUAAUAAGAGCCUCCCAAAAUAUUCCAUAAGUUUGCCAGUUGUAAAAUAAACCAAGUUGACUACUCCAGGGAUGUGUGUCCAAAUUCUGCCUCUAGAAUUCUGCAAGUUAAUUAAGGUAUAAAUGAGGGAGAAUUUGUGGUGUCAGGUGAGCAAACUAAAGCUUAUUGUUGAGUAGUGUGUGGUUAGCAUGAGGAUGAAUGAGUGUUGUAGAGGCAUUCAGGUCAUUCAGUUGGCUGAUCCACAGAUAGUCAUCCUGUUAUUCAAUAGCUGUCCUCCAGUUGGAUUUGUAAGAAAUUUGUGGAGGUGUGGGGGCAAGACAUGCUGCCUCAUACUAUAUUUUCUUUUCCUUUGAAUGCUGUGGUGUAAAAAAAAAACAGAUAUAACUACUGUUUCCCAUUGUAUAUAGUUUAUCCCAUCAUGACUUGGCUGAAUGUGAUGUAGUAUUGUUUUACCUGUUCCUCUUAUGAUGAUUUAUGAUUGGUGUCUCAGUAUGUUACAGUUGACUUAGGAUUAUAAUUAGAUUAUGUAUAUAUAAAUUGAUAAGAUUGAUUAAACAUAAUAUUCCUGGUGAAACAUGUUCUGUAAACAUAGGUGUGAUGUUGUGGACUAAAGAUUGGGCAUUCACCUGUCUACAUCAAACCAUUCCUAAAACUUAACCGAUUAGUAAGGUGUAAUGCCUUAUCUUCCCAGUCCAAAUGAAGAUAGAAUGUGAAAUAACUGAAGCUUUGUCCAUUGUGUGCCUUCAAAUAGCCGAUGGAAGAAGGCUUUACAAAGACUGUUCUUUAUCAAUGAGAUAUUGCUUUCCAAAGGCCAAUGGUCUGUGUUCAAUGGUUGUUCAUUAGUAAUGUAGGUUACUUCCAAUUGGUAUGGCUAGAGCAGCUCUCCCUUGGAACAGCCUACCUCAUUGAAAUUGAAAGCCUUGUUUCUACCUUUGGCACCAUUUUGGUGGCUAUCGAAUUCAUCUGAUAAGAGGUCUAUCUUUGUUUUAAAAUAUGCAAAGGAUUUGAUUGCUAAUCAAAGCCUUAAUGGUGAAUAUAAUGUGAUGGCCAGCAUUACAGUGUGGUAUAGGGGGUGAGACUAGUAUCCAAGUGUAAAUUUGAAAGUUAUCUAAUGUUUGAUAAUGAAGAACCACUGCAUUCUUACCUAUCACCUCCACUUUUUAUUUAAAUUUUUUAUAGAAAAUUCUUUUUCUAACAGUAGGAAACAUCUGUGGACAUUAAAAGCUUCAAUUAUAUUUAGUAUCUUUAUAGUUAAUUAUUGAGAAUUGUAUUUUUUAAGUUAUAGACUAUUGAGAGUUUUAAAAAGUAUUUAUUAUUCAUAGGGAACAUUGUUUUGCAUGUACAUUUGUGUGGUGAAGAAGCCGAUCCACUCCAGCCAGGCUUUGAGACUUCUCUUGACUCCUAACAUUCAGUGGUUGCCUCAAACUUAGAGCAUAUGUAGUGUGGCCACAUGUCAAGUUUAAAUAAACACCUCCCACAUGA